CAAGAUGGCGGCGCCCAGCGGCCGCGGCGGCCCCGAGCCCGGCGCGGCUCCCUACGGGAACUUCCCGAAUUAUUCCCGGUUCCACCCGCCCGAGGGGCGCGUCAGCCUCCUGCCCCGGGGGCUCCUGCGCAGCCUCUUCCCCGCGGCCACCCGCCCGCUGCUCGGGCUCGAUGUGGGCUGCAACUCCGGGGAGCUCAGCGUGGCUCUGUACCAGCACCUCCUGGGGCUCCAGGACAGCAGUUCCGGCCCGGAGCCGCCGGGAGCCGCGAGGGAGCUGCAGCUGCUGUGCUGCGACAUCGAUCCCGAGCUGAUCCGCAGGGCCCAGCAGAGCAGCCCCUUCCCUGCGUCCAUCUCCUUUGCCAGCCUGGACAUCAUGGACUCCGGGGCCAGGGAGCCCUUCCUGAGCUCCUUCCUGGGGCGCUUCGGCCGCUCCUCCUUCGACAUCGGCUUCUGCAUGUCGGUGACCAUGUGGAUCCACCUGAACCACGGCGACCGCGGCCUGCUGGACUUGCUGGCCCUCCUGGCCUCGCUGUGCACGUUCCUGCUGGUGGAGCCCCAGCCCUGGCGCUGCUACCGGGCGGCCGCGCGCCGGCUCCGCAGGCUGGGCCGGGACGACUUCGAGCACUUCCGCUCGCUGCGGAUCAACGGGGACAUGGCCGAGAGCGUCACCCGCAUCCUGACGCAGGAGUGUGCCAUGGAGCUCGUCCGCUCCUUCGGGAGCACCAGCUGGGACAGGAGCCUCCUGCUCUUCAAAUCCACCGCCGCCCGUCCCGAGGGCUCCGGCUGAGGAGCCGCGGGCAAGGGGGCGGAUCUGGGAAUUCCUAAGUCCCUGUUAGGGCCAGGCCUUGACUUCCCGUGGGAAUCCAGGGCAAGGAAUGCCUGUGACUGAUUCUUUUAACCAAUUCUGUGGGGUGGGAGGUUGUUCAAGGAAGUGCUCCUUCAAUCCAAGUUCCUUCGUGUGCUUUCCACGUGUAUGAAGAAUAUUCCCUGGAAUACCAGGGAGUAUGCCCAAGGGAAUGUAGAAUGUCCUGAUUGGAAUGGCCUCACAAGGAUCCUCGAGUCCAGCUCCUGGCCCUGCACAGGACAUCCCAAAAAGAAUCCCAUUAAUCCCAAAAUCCUGAUGCCCAAGUUUUCCAGACAUUGCCAGACCUCCAGAAUCAUGGAAUAUCCGGAGCUGAAAGGGACCUGUGAGAAUCAGGGUCAUGGGACACCUGGAGUUGGAAGGGACCCACCUGGAUCAUCAACUCCAACUCCUGGCCCCGCACAGGACAUCCCAAAAUCCCACCCAGAGCCUGAGAGUGUUGUCCAAGCACUCCCCCCUGACUUCCAGAAUUGUGGAAUAAUCAGAGUUGAAAGGGACCCACAAAGGAUCACAGUGUCAUGGAGUACCCCGAGUUGGAAGGGACCAACUCCAGCUCCUGGCCCAGGACAACCCAAAAAUCCCACUGAUCCCAAAACCCCAGCACCCUGGGCUCUGGCUUCUCGGGGCUGUCACCAUUCCCUGGGGAGUUGGUCCAGUGCCAGACACCCUCUGGAUGAGGAACCUUUCCCCAAAAUGCACCCCAAAGCCCCCAGGACUGGGGUGAAGCACCUGCAGGACAAUCCCUCCCUGGACCCAGCGCCCCUGGCUCAACUCUCCCGGGACAGGGGCUCAUCCCUAACGGUGAGUGCUUUUGGGAAUGGUAUCUUGGAAUAAAAAUCACUGAAUUUUA